CUACCGCGUUCGCAUGGCAUGUCCGAGCUUGUCAAAGUGUCGAGCCAAGAACCAUAGUUCUGUGAAGAACUGUCGAUUGGCAGUGUAAUUAAUGUCAUCAAAAUGGCAGAAAAAAAUAAACCUGUAAGUACUGUGAGGUAUUCUUAGCGUCUCCUGUCUGAAACUGUGAGAGAGCUUUCCGGGUUGUCCAAACGUCAAAAAGAUAGGUUAGCGACCGAUUCAAACAGCUCUGUCAAUUUCCUUGAGACGAUAAUAAUUACUGUCUUGCAGCUCCUCUAAUAUCAGUGAUAAAUCAAUUUCACACAACUUAUACAGAAAAGGGAGUUUUAUUUCUCAAUGUUGUGGUGUUUUACAUUUGCAUUGCAAGCCUCUUAAAUCUAUUUUUAACACCGAACUUCUCAGCAUUUAUUUUUUUUUUUUUUUUGUUGUAAACUUGGCUAUUUAAAUACCACAUUUUGUUUGUGAAAUUUUGUUUUGUUAUCUAGUUAAAGGUUAUUUUCCUUUUAGGAUCGACGCAGACUUAAGAGGCAUGCCAGUGCGGAAGUUAACAGGCAGUUAGAAUUGGUCAAUUUAGCAAUGAUAAAUGAAUAUCAGAAUGACGACCCUAUGGACUUUGAAAAUAAUUAUGAUGGCAAUGAGAACGCCGAUGAAAAUGACAAUGAUAAUGCUGAUGAAAAUGACAAUUUGGGUUUCAAUGACAGAGCUAUUGACGAUUUGAAUGAAAAUCUUACUGCAGAUGACAAUUUAAAUGAAAAUGACAACAUGAAUGAAAAUUACAACGCACAUCACAAUGAAAAUGAGGACAGUGAGAGUUCAGGACAAAGUAGUGAUUCUAAUGAUGACUUAGAAGACCUUUAUCAUGAAAUCGUGCCUGAAAAUAUACAGCAGCUUAGAAAUGGAGACAGAGAAGCUUAUUUGUUUCAAUCUUUGAAAGCUUGGGCCCUCAGAGGUGUUUCAUUGAGAAAAGUUGACUCUCUUCUCAAGAUACUUUCUCCCCUGUAUCCAGGUUUACCUAAAACUCACACUGGUCUUCUUGGCACACCCCAUGCCCACACUCCUGACGAAAUUGUGGAAAUGGGCUCUGGCUCAUUUUGGUAUAAAGGCAUCGAAGCAAAUUUACGGCAAAGAGUAACUGAGGCCUACCUUCUAAAGCAUAGAACUGUCACUUUUGAUGUUAAUAUGGACGGCUUUCAACCCUUUGGUACUACUUUUGAUGAUAUUUGGCCUAUACUUGGUCUGUUGAAGGAUGAGGAAGAGCCAUUUAUCAUAGCUACUUAUAAAGGCAGAGGGAAGCCUGAUGAUAUCAAUCUAUAUCUUGAUAAUUAUGUUCAAGAGGCACGCUUCUUAAUCACAAAUGGCAUUGAUCUUUUUGGAAAUAAUUACCCUGUUACAAUUGGAAAUUAUAUUCUUGAUGCACCUGCGAGAUCUUUUACUAAAUGCAUCAUUGGGCACAAUGGGACAUUUUCUUGUGAAAAGUGUGAGGUAGAAAUGGUGUGUGUGAACAAUGUACACACUUAUCCCAACCUCAACGCACCCUUGAGAGACGAUGCAUCUUUUGCAGAGCGUCGUAAUUGGCUCCACCACACAGGGGAUUCUCCACUCGAGCAAAUUCCCACUGGGAUGGUUUCUCAGUUCAGGCUUGACAGCCUCCACAUGGUUUAUUUAGGGGUCACCAAACGCUGGCUCAAGUUUGUGGUUGGGACAAGCAAGAGACGAGGCAUUUUAAAUGAAGGGCAAGUUGAUGAAAUAAACAACAGAAUUUUGGGAACUGCAGCUUUUGUCCCAACAGAUUUCAGCAGACGACCUAGGCCAUUUACUGAUAAAUCAAAGUUCCGUGCCACAGAGUAUAGAAGAAUUGUUUUAUAUGAUGGACUUGUUCUUUUUAAGGAUCUUGAUCCAGGAGUGUGGAAAACUUUUAAACUCUUACAUUCGGGGAUCUACAUUUUGUGUAGCCCUUCUCUAGUGAAACAAGAGGCAAUGCGAAAUAUUGCAAAUCUGUUGCUCCGAAGAUUUAUUAAUCUUUCAAAGAGGAUUCUGGGAGGACAUUUUAUCUCUUAUUAUGUGCAUGCCCUGUGUCAUCUUUCAGAAGAAUGUGCAGCACAUGGUGCUUUAGAAGAUUUUAGUGCUUUCCCUUAUGAAAAUUAUUUGGGUAUUAUUAAGGCGCUUCUUAGAUCAACCUACAAGCCAAUAGAACAACUUAUUAACAGGGACUUUGAGAGAAAUGGUCACAUCAUCAAUCCGAAACGACGUGCUCCUGGUGAGGUCACUCUGUAUCACAAUCAUGUAAAUCCAGAAGAACAAAGGGCUGGUCGGCAGUAUACAAAGGUUGAAUUUUCAGAUACUUUCUUAGCUGUUUCUCAGAAGGAUGGCUGCUUCAAGACAAAGAAAAAUGAAUAUUUUUCUCUUUCAAAUAUUAUUUACACACCAGAAAGACAGAUAGUUUUAGUUGGACAAAAGUUCAAUGAAGUUGGGAAUUAUUAUGAAUAUCCCCUGCCCUCUUCCAACCUUGGCAUUGUUCAAGUGUCCAAUUUAGGCCCAGAAAAACAUUACAUUAAUUUUUCUCAAUUUUCUGCCAAAUGUUCAUUACUGCCAACUAGUGAUGUUGAGUAUGUGGCUAUUCCACUAGCUCAUACAGAGGAGCUGUAGUUUUUCCUAAAUUUUGGUGUUGUCACCUUCCUUGAAGACGAUGGCAGUUAUUCAUCGAGUGAGGCUGUACCAUAUAUAUGGG